CGUAUCAGUCUGUGUCAGGACUUUCCACUACUGCAGCAUUUUGAUGUCGCCCAGGCGGGUUAAAGCUGCUGCUAGCACCAACCACAGCCUCAUUUACUAUUAUUAACAUUCAAGAAGCAACAUGACAUCUACUCAGCGGUGGCUACUGGCCAGUUUUGCGAUUCUGUGUGUUUAUGGAGCAGUUGAAUGUAAAAGGAAUUUCAAAUGUCCUUCAGGAUGCUCCUGCACCAAGGAGACCAUCAUUUGCGUCAAUACUUUACAGAUCCCACGGACUAUACCCAAUGAGAUCAACUCACUGAGCAUGGUAAAUGGAUCUAUUUCUGAAAUCACAGAAGGGAUGUUUUCACUGAUGCCUUCUCUCCAGCUGUUACUCCUAAAUGCAAAUUCUUUGACAACAAUCAAAGAUGAUGCGUUCUCUGGCCUUCCACAUCUCGAAUAUUUAUUCAUUGAAGGGAACAAGAUUGAAAUGAUUACCAAAAAUGCCUUUCGUGGUCUGCGAGAUUUGACUCAUCUAUCGCUUGCCAAUAACAAGAUGAGGUUUCUGCCAAGGGAUCUGUUUUUUGACUUGGAUUCAUUGCUGGAACUGGAUCUGAGAGGCAACUCUUUCCAGUGUAUUUGUGAGAACAAGUGGCUGAUGAUGUGGCUGAAAAACACAAAUGCCACAGUAUCAGAUGUCUUCUGCGCAGGCCCCAGUGACAUGAAGGGCAAGCGGCUCAAUGACCUUCCUAUUCCACCGGGCGAGUGUAUCUCCACAGGUAAAAUGACAAGUACACUAUCAAUGGCUCUUAUGAGCAGGCACAGGCCCAGCUAAAGAUGCAAUGGUAACAAAAAGAAAGAACAAAAUCAAUAAAACUGUUAAAUAAUUCAACAGGAC